AUGUCAACCACAAAUCCAACAGAAGUAACGACGGAGUGGGAUGAACUUCAAAUCAAAUAUGGUAACUAUCCUGAGCGUCAGAAACCGAUAACGGGUGAACUUUUGAGUAAUCUUGCUAUCGAUUUUGCGGAAUCUCAAGAUGUACUUGAAUCGAAGAAUUUGGAACAAUUGGAAUUGCUGGAGGAUGAAUUAGAAGAAGAUACUCUCGAAGCGUAUAGAAAGAAGCGACUUGAGGAAUUAAAACGACAAAGGGAUGCGUACAAAUUUGGGGAGGUCGUUCACGUCGGGAAGGAUGGGUACGUCAAUGAGGUGACUGAAGCAUCCAAAGCAAUUCCAGGGGAACAUGUUGUUAUUCAUCUCUACGCUGAAGGGAAACCUGUCUGUGAAUUGAUCAAUAGAGCCUUCGUGUCAGUGGCACGCCGCAACGGAAAUGUCAAGUUUUUUUCUAGGGCUUCGGUUUGGGGAAGGGAAAGUGUGACACCUGAAUGUGUCGAGUGGGUGUUGUGGAAGAAUGGUGUCCUGGCCUCAGCCCCAACUGAAGAAGAUCCUCGGACCAAGGAAUCAUCAUCAUUAGGAAAUAAACGAACAAACAACAUACGCUACGAUGAUGAUAGAGAAGACGAGGAUGAAAAUGAAAGAAAUGCGGAUAGACGUGGAUAUUCUUCACUUCAUAUGGAGAGGGCUCUACGCUUGAAAUGA